GACUAUGGUAAUGCUUACUUGGACGAUGGAUGCUCAGACGGCAACUGUCUGCGAUCCUAUGUCAACCUGACCGAAACCCUUAGCGCUAUGUCCAUGAUCACUAAGGCGGGUGUUUCUUUAAACAAAAUAGCUGUCGGAGUAGCUAGUUACGCCCGCUCCUUUAAGAUGACCGAGGCUGGCUGCUGGACCGAUAUAUGCACCUACACCGGACCUGACUCCGGCGCUUGGCUAGGCCCUUAUACUAAUACCAUAGGAUAUAUUUUAAAUUAUAAGCUGGAGCUGGUGAUGGCAGAGAACCUAACUAUAGGGCAGCACUAG